AUGAGGAUGUGGCUAGUGUCUGCAAUUGCUCUGGUCGAUAUAUUAUGCACUUCGAAAAUAGAGGAACUAGUAGAAAAUAUGGGGAAAAAGAUCGAAGAGGCUUUGCCUCACGAGUUUGAUAGUGCAGAAAAAGAGGCACUAAAAAAGCAUCUUAAGGAAACUGCUGGUUUAGGCACAAGACUAAUGGUUCCGUGCAUUUUUCAUGAAGAUAGAGUUGUUGCAUCACCAACUACAAGAUAUCAAGAUAUAGAUGAAGAGGAAAAAGGAUAUGUCGAAAAAGUUAUUGCACUACUUCCAAGGCUACUAUGGCGUUCUGUAGCAUAUAUAUAUGUAUUCGGAAAUGAUAGUUGGGUGGUAAAUUUGAUGGAAGAAGUCUUUGAAACAGCGCCUUUUAAGAAAUCUGAUGCUGUUGCUCUGUACAAGAGGGCCCGAGGAAGGUUAGGAAUACGGCUUAUAGAUCUGGUAAACAGGACAUUUCGGCAUAAUAUCGGCAUGCUGAAUAGAUUUGGGCAGCGGCUUGCCCAGGAAGCAGAGGCAAAGAUUCAAGAGAUAUCAAGCUCUCUAUCUGAUGAGGAGAAGAGGAAAGAAGAGAAGAUGCUUCAGAUAAUCAAGGAGUAUGGAGAAAGCUUGUGUACCAAGGAAAAGCAAGAGGAGAUAAUCAGGGCACAGGAGAUAAUGUGUGAUGCAUGCGCAUGUAUUUGGGAAAGAGAUUCUAACAGAGAGAGUUUUGUUAUGGAGACAUAUUCGAGGCAUCUGUACUUAAGAAUGAUAGGAUCUUCUAUGGAUGUAGAAGAGCCACUACUCAGCUAUAUAGACCACAGGGGGUUGAUAGAUGCAUAUGAAAAAUAUAAAAGUAUAGACAUUGUAGCAGAGCUAAUCAAGCAAGUGUUUACAGAACGUGGAUGUAUUUCUGAUGAAAGUGUUAACGACGCUGUAUGCGGGGUUAGGGAGAGGGAAGAGGCAGAAAAGAUGAGAGGGGAGGAGGAAAGAAGGAAAAAAGAGGAGGAAAGCCUUAGGAAUACUUUGGAGCUGCUUCGGAUGGAGGAGAAGGAGAAGAGCAAAAGCAGAGGGAAGAAGAAGAAAGGAGGCAAGAAAGGGUCUGGCGAAGUCACGGCGAAGAUGGAAGAGGAGAAGAAAGAUUCUGAAGAGGUUGAGGAGAGUGCAGAAGCAGAAGUUUCCUUGGAAGAGAUGGCAGUUGGAGGAGCCCGAAGUAAGGAGAGGAGUUCGAAAAAAAAGAGUAGAAGCAAAGGACAUCGUUACAAGGUGCACAAGAGGGUUCUCCGGUGGACGAAGAGUGCCGAGAGGAUCAAGGCAGAGUUGGAUGAGGGAAGUGAGGAGAAGUGGAGAAAUAAAUCGAUUGAGGAGAUUGAGGAGCAGAAGAAGGUACAUGAUAUAAUAGAGGUUUGCGUGCUUCUCAGGAGCUUGGAUGCCAACAGGUUUUUUGUAAGCACAAAUAGAUAUAUGAAGGACGGGACCGAGAGAUGGAAGAUGGUGGGGGUUGGGAUAUUUGAGGAGGGUGGAGAGAAGAAAGUGGGGAAGGUGGAGGUUGGGCUUUAUAGGGACAAGGGAGAAGGGAGUGUGAUCUACCACCUGAUGUUCAAGGCCAUGGACACUGAGAAGGCGGGAAAGGGCGCAAGGUCCUCGUUUGGGAAGGGAGACGAUGUGGAAGGGCUAGAAGAGGGGGCAGGAGAGCUCUCUGACAUGUCUGGGUUUGAGUAUCCAAAGGGUGUCCGAUCUGAAAUAGUGAAGGGCGGAGAUGCCUUUAAGAUAGUGUAUCGGAAUCCCAAGGACACCAGCGAGGUUCUCCGGAGUCUUACUGUUCUACAGAAGGCGGAGGUUCUGUGA